AUGACAUCAGAACUAGUCGCAGCCGAUCCUGAUCUGAUGUCGUAUCAGAAUCGAAACAACCAAACAAACUACAAAGAUCUGCGACCUCGGCAGGGCGGUACUUUGGGUAGACAUAUUUAUAAAUCGUAUUCAUACGUCAAGACUCCCGCGACCCAGGAACCUCUGCCAGUUCUAUUGCUCGACUUCAUUUCCUGUGUCUGCCUUUGCGCCAUGGACACGUUAGAAUAUAACGUGCUUCGUGAAAGAGCUUGUAAUGCACCUGGAGCGCUGUUGCAACCAUCAGUUGAAGAGAUGCAACAGUGGGUGACAAGCCUGAACAGAAGGCGGAGCUUGCACUUCACGGCUGGUAUGGAGCCUUCAGGGCAUUACGAGGCCUCUUUCAGGGAGCUGGAGCAGCGUUACCAGUUGGAGGACGUGUGGGGCCACAAUACGACGCCUGCGAUGCAGACCCUGGAGUGCAUCCAAAAGGUGAAGCAGGCGCUCGUGGAGGAAGCGGCAGACGACACGAUUUCCAGCAGCACGUUUUCGGUGCUUGUUGCGCUCAGCGUGGUGGCGGCGGUGGCGAUCGUGCUCACCUGGCCGCAGCGUUGGAAACAAGAAUGGAUGAAGGGCCCUCUGGGCGUUGUGCGUUGUGGGGAGCUGGUUUUGGAGCGGAGGCCCCAUGGACUUGUGAGGAAGGCGGUGCCGGUUAAUGCCUCUUGCGCUGCCGGCAUUACUGCACACGAACACGAGUAG